UUGUAGAUCAAUGGAGAUUCAAAUCAAACGGAUGCAAUAUGAAAAAAGACACAUCUCAAGUGUUAAUUUAAAGCUAACCUAAAUGCUAAGAGAGCUUAUUUGGUUUAUACUACUAUAUACUACUAUACUACUAUACUAUACUAUUUAUUAGUAUGAUGAUGAUGGUGAUUAUUAUUAUAAAUUUCCUUUUAAGUCUAGUAGGUUUUAUGGCAGAUGAACUGGAUUUACGACCUGUCUCUAGGCAACAGAACGCCUAACCUGCUGCAGUGCGACAACGGGGACGAGUCAGGGCUAUAGAUACCUACGGAACCAUCCAAAAAAACUUUAUUCGUCUCAGUUAUUACAGGACGUGACCACUGAGUUUGUAUUUUAACAGCACAGUCUGUUGCUAACGCGUUUCUCGCGCUACUGGGUUCAAAAAUUUACAAACACCUAAGUACUAGUACGUUCUUACUUAGCUAGCUGGUAUGCUAGCUGAUUGAAGCUAAUGCUGCCUUGAAGGACUAUCGGAAUUCCUGGAGUUAUGAAUAGAAUUGAGCUUGGAGGUUUGUUCUUGACCUAAUAAAUAAUAGUUUAACUGAAGAUUGUAGUCAAGAUAGCUACGUUGGUAACAAUACUUGCGCAAGACUUGUCCACUUAGAUAAAAGUGAGCACAUUUUCUAUGGCACUGUACACUUUGAACUUUUAAAAUUUAUCUUGACAUCGCAAAGCCGUCAUAGCUGGUCGUGACGCCUCUGGGUUUGUGAUUUCUGGUUUACGAGGGCAACCUGAAGGCAGCAGCUUCUGUCCCGCAAACUUAGCUAGCAGUUAGCCGGUAGGAGAGGACCGCAGCAUCAGCAUCAUCUAAACACAAUGGCAUAAAACAGGCACCAGCUCGGUUCAUUGUUCGAGACGACGGGGAGGAAUAUCUGUGACACCAGAUAAAGAUGAGCCGCUUCUGCUCGGACAACAACAACUUUCCCUAUGACAACAACGUCCUAGUUUUGGACAUGGUGCUGGGCUCUCUGUGGGGAGUGCCCCAGCCCAUAAACUGGGACAAUGUUGCCAAGCUAGUUCCAGGAUUCACUCCCAAGGAGUGUGCCCGUCGAUUUGAAGAGCUGAAGAACACAGGGGGCUUUCCUCAUGUGGACAACCAAUGUAAUGCCCUGACAGAAGAAAGCACCUCCCCUCCAGACGGCCUGUCCACUCUGCUGGAGAGCGGGGAGAUGGUGGAGACGGGCAGCAGCCACUGCACCAGCAAAGUUACAGGCUCCAAAUCAACGCUCUCAGGAAGGGUUGGUGCUGUGGAGAAGAAAGAGAAAAGAGUCUCAGUAGAAGAGGAUGACAAACCUCAGAAGCCACGGGAUCCCAACAUGGUAAUCCACGUGUGUGACGAGACCAAGAACCUGAAGCAGGACUUCACAUGCCCCAGAGAUCUUCUAGUUAAAGAGAUGCGUUACUUUGCUGAGUACUUGUCUGUGGACCCCCAGAGAUGGGAAGAGGUGGACAUCUCUGUUCACUGUGAUGUGCAGAUCUUUGACUGGCUCAUGAACUAUGUCAGGAGGAACUCAGCGGGAGAGGGAAACAAGGACAAACCCCGGCUCGAGCCCAGCAAUGUGAUCUCAAUCCUGAUCUCCUCCGAGUUCUUGAAGAUGGAUACGUUAGUGGAGGAAUGUAUCCAUUACUGCCACAAACACAUGAGUGCCAUCGUUGCUACUCCCUGCAACAUGAACUGCAUCAACAGCAACCUGGCAACACGCAUCGCUGAGCUCUUCAACCACAACGAGGCUGACGACAUCAGGGACAAAAAAGACAAGUUCAAGAGCAAAUUGUUCCAGAAGAAAAUUGAGCGUCUCUUCGAUCCCAACUAUCAGAGCAGAGAUUCACCGGGGAAUGCCUCAACUCUCUACAGGUGUGGUCUGUGCCUUAAGCUGCUGACCAAAGACACAGAGAGGAAGAUUUCUUGUGUUCCAGGGAAAAUCAACAUUGAUGCUCAAGGAGAGAUCAUCUAUACACACACUAGACAGAAGAGCUGGGAUGUGCAUGAAUAUCUCACUGGUCUGUAUGAGGAGCUCAAGUCCUGGGUCCUGGUCUAUUGGAGAAUCUGGGGUACCAUCAACUACCUCACCUGCUCCCGAUGCCAACAGGUAUUUGUGUGUGCAGAGCUGACCCACUGCAAGUACCACCCAGACAGUGUGCUGUACCCCGGGCUGGGUGCCGAGAAAGGCUUACAUGGUGCAGGAAUCUACCCCUGCUGCAACCAGAGGGUUCUCCGCUUUGACCCCACUGGUAUGCCCAAGGGCUGUAAGAUGAGAGACCACAUAGUGAACAUACCUGAUGAAGAGAACUGUGAUGAUGUGACCUCAGCCCAGACCAGAGUCCUCAACGACCUGCUGCUGCACAGAGACGCAGUGUGUGUGUCAAACACACCACCUGCAGAUGGUACUGAGGAGAGUCCAUCCAAUGCAGAAAAGGUUCAGGACUGUGACGUCCUCUUGGAGCCAACACUCCUCGGACCGCUGAGAGGAGACGGCAGCACUUUUUCCCUCUUGAAAAACUGGAGUCUGCAACUGAGGCAGCAGUCUCUCCUGUCAGAGGAUGAGGAAUACACCACAGGGUCAGAGGUCACUGAAGAUGAAGUGGGGGAUGAAGAGGAGCUGUCCAAGAAACAAGCUGCCAAGAAGGCCAAGAAGGCCCACAGACCUCUGAAAAAACAAAUGUCCUCUCCAAACUUCCAACGCAAAGAGAAACCAGAGAAAUCACAGACCAGGGACAACACACCUUUCACAGUGAGCGUCCAGAAAAGUAAGUGGGACAGCUCUCGCUCCAUGCGCUACAACCAGGAUGCUCAGAGAGAAGAAGACCAGCGUCGCAUGGUGGAGAUCGUCGGCUACCUGACUAAGAUGAGGUUUGGAGAUCAGGAACAGAGCAAAUCCAAGGACACUAAAGAGCCUGCGGGGGGAAUCUACUCCAGACUGGAAGCGCAAUUUAAGACUGCCUCUCAAGCCAGACAGAGUUCAGAGAAGACACCCAGAUCUAAGAUACGCUACGCUCAGAUCCGGACAACAUAAAAGACUGGACAGGAGAAAGGGCACUGAGCUGUUGAAGACACAAACAUGAAAUGUGAUGAAGUCAAUAGAACAAAGGGGGAGAGGCGAGAUCCUCCUGUGAGGGCUCCGUACAGCAAAAUAAUACAGUUCCUCUAGCACCACCACCACCACCUAAAAACCUAGCUGUGGACUCUCUCCUCACCCUCACCCCCUGUCAGUCCUCCUUCCCCUCUCUGCUUAACUCAGGUGACUACGUAUGGAUCACCAUUAACUGCACCCUCUGUCACUCAGCUAGCUGUUUAUUUUUGCAGCUGUGACCAGUCCUUGAAAAACAAGGAGAGCUCUGGAUCCAGCUCAGCUCAUAGGAAAUGCACUUUGACUGAUCUCAGUGUUUCUUCAGGAUUUUUUUGGAGCCAGUCAGGUGGGGUCAGGGUUUCUACAAAGGACAACAUGAGAAAUGGUAGUUUAGGCAAUUCAUUUCUGAUUCUCAUUUUACUUGAAGAUCUGAAUUGUUUAGAUCCUCUAAACACUUAAAUAACUGAUCCCAGAUCCUCCAUCUGCUAAAGGCCAGAUGGAGGAUGAAAUGUUAAAUGCAUCAACAUAAUUCAGCUUGUUUCAGUUAAACUGCUCAUCACAGUACAUCAGUACAUUUAACUCUGUACUAAUUCUCAUUGUCUUCAGUGGUGAAGCCCAGCCAUCUGGAUGAGACAGAUGCUACAAUUAUUGACAGUUAUUCCCCCAGGUUCUGGUAGAGAUAUAGUUCUAGUCAUUUCUAUCUGUACUGGAAUGUGAGUGUACUGUACAAGGCUGGGACCAAUAAAACAUGAAUGACACUGAA